GGAAGCCGGCGGACUGAACCGGCAUUGGGCCAUGGCCACCGCGCGCUUCCCCGGGAAGAGUGUGGACGUGGCCGCCUCAAACUGGACCGCUCCAGCGCUGGGCCGGCCGGUGUGUGUCAACGGGACGCCGUGGAUCCUCUACCUGCUGGAGGAGUGUGUGGAUAAUGUGUGGGAGUACUGCAGCGUGGUGAUAGGACUCAUAUCCAUGUUCUGUUUUCUGCUCUCCACUCUGCCGCAGGUGUAUGAGGCCUAUCGGAACGGUAAAGUGGAGGAGGCCAUGUCUUUUGGCUUUCUUUUCUUCCUCUUCAGUGGAGACCUGACCAGCUUUGCAGGCUGCUACCUCACCAGCCAGCUGCCUAUUCAGGUAGUCACAGUGGUGUUCUACAUCUUCACAGACCUGAUCCUCAUUUCCCAGUUCCUCUACUAUAAGAUCAAGAACAGCUCCAGCAGAAAAAGCCCUGUGUUGAAGUGGCUGUGCUUCAUGUGGUGUGGCGCUGCUUCUCUAGUUCUCCUGGCUUUACCCAAACUCAUCAUAGACAAUAGUGCAACUUUAGACACCAAGAUUCCAACUACCUCUAAUUCAGUGGAAAUCACCGGUUAUAUAUGUGGAUACCUGGCGUCUAUCUUCUACCUCUGCUCUCGUGUCCCCCAGCUCUAUAAAAAUUUCCAGCGACAGUCUACGGAGGGCACCUCCUACAUGUUGUUCGCCCUGGCCAUGAUGGGCAAUGGGACGUACGGGUUGAGCGUCAUCGUGGUCCUGCCUGCACUGAAGGGCUCCAAACAAACCUUCAUCAUCAAACAUCUGGCCUGGCUCAUCGGCAGCCUGGGAGUCCUCAUCCUGGACUUCUUUGUGACUGCCCAGUUCAUCAUGUACAAGAAGAACCGCUCUGCUAGCAGCAUGCUGCUCGGCGUCCCAGAGGUGCAGCCUCUGCUGUGUGAGGAAGUGGAACUGUCAGUGUUAUAGGACACACACAUGGAUCAUAAAGUCAAGCCUGGACUGCCCAGUCUACGGUUGAUUUACUCAUACUAACGUCAGAGAAGAGACGUCGAAGAAGCAACUAACGGCCGCGUUGUGGUGCCGAGGACAGGAAGCUACAGGAAAAAAGAUCGAGUCAAUACAUUUUUCUUAACCAAGUUAAAUUAAGUAGAAACAUUUCUGUCUUUUUCUCUCCAGCCAGGUUAGUUUGCCUCAAUUAAAUAUGUUCCUGGUUAUGAAUACGCUCAGUUGUGAUGCAUUCUGGGAUUACUUGAUUCUGCUUUGAUGGAAUAACAGUAUUUCUAUUGGCCGUUGGGGACCAUGCACACCCAGAAGAGGGAGUGCCAGACGUCUCUUCACAAAUGCAAGCUGUAUGGAAAAAUUAAGUGCCUGUUAUAUUUACACAUUUUUGACAGCGGGUAGCUGCUGCAGAGGUUUGGAACAUUGUUCCCGGAUGCAUGGUAUGGGAUUUAAAGUUUUCCUACCUGAUUUGGUAUCUGAGUGCCAUAAAAUACAGAGUAUGUGUGAGCACCUAAUGCUUAAAUGUUUUUACUCAGAACACGAGACUCAUGAUGUGUACGACAUUAGAGAAGCAGGAUGUGCACGUCUACCUGAAUAAUGUCCGUGUAUGUCGACCUCCUUUCUGUUCCAAAGCGAAGCUUUUAUUCUGGAGAAACACGUCUGUGCCUUUUUUAAAUUACAUACAGUUUUAUUUAAAAUGCUGUAUAUCCAUUGAGAACUUAAUUUUUAUUAAGUUAAAUGCCAGUGAUUUCUUAAACCAGGGAGUUAUUUAAGCCACUGUUUUACAUACAAUAGUCUUAUUGAUGACGAGCACUUCAAGUUAAUUGGACUUUCGUUUUGAUCAUUUGCUCGUCUUGUGUUGUGCUCAGUACGUGUGCGCUGCUGUCACCUGCUGAUCUGCCUAACUAAAGUACUGUACUUCUUUCUCUACCUCAUCACGUGGACUUGAUUUACUUCUACGUUGUGCAUGAAGAGGUGGCUUGCACAAAUUGUAUAUACAAAUGUGAAAUAUACAAUUCAUUUGGUAGCAUCCAAACGACAAUUCCUUUUAGAAAAUCCUAAUUAUGAAGUAUAUUUUGGUCAUUUAUUCACAAUAACCUUUUCUAUUCUUAGCCAGCUGAUGCAAUAAUGUGGACUUAUGUAGAUAUUGGGGGAUUUAUUUAGACUUUGUUGACUGUAAAGACAUUUAUUUUGCAAAUUUAUGCAAUUAGAGUUGAAUUUUUUUCACCAAUAGAUGACAUUUUUGCAAAUUAUUUUUAUAUUGCACGAUUCAAACCUUUCAAUUCCUUUUUAAAUGAGUCGGAUAAACUUUUUCAAUCUAGCACAAAAAGUACAUAUUUAUUGUAUUACUGUAGGAAAUGUAGUAUUUAUAAGACUGAAGAGUUAGUCACUCGUGCUAAGAUGUAUUUAUUUUUCUUUAAGCAUAAUGUUAUUUUAACUGUACAUGGCCUGUUACUGUAUAUGGUAAUUCUAAACUCAGUGCCAAUGUAUGUUUAAUAAUGUUCUGUAAUAAACUAUGUAAAACCACUGUAUGUAUGAUAAUAGCGAUGUAUAUUGUACAAAUAUUGAAUAAACUGCAAAAUACAGAAUAUUCUCUGUGAAAAUACA